AUGGACCGCAGGUCUGCGGAGCAGCCACCGGCGACUGAGGUGCAGCAGGUGGCUGAAACUGCUGUGGUGAUGGACGGCUCCGCUGAAACACCUGUGGAAAAUUCAAGCCAAGAGGACGUUAUUGACCCACAGAGCAUCAAUGUCAGCGAAAGGUGUGAUGAAAGUGCCUCAGGUAAUCAAGAUCAAAGAGAAGAAACGCCUGGCGUCAUUAACAUACCGCGAUACAGAUGGCAACUUUGUUCAAUCUUGAUCUUCAUUCUUUCUUCGAUUGCAAUUGGCUUCCUCGUUGUUGAGAUAAAAAACCAACACAGUAACAACAAUAAGCUGAAACAACUUCUGAACUCAUCUUAUCAAAACGUUUCCAUACUGGAAAAUGAGAUCCUCCAACUGAAGGUGCUGCUCAAUGAGUUUCAGAUGGAGAACAAAGAGCUGAAGGUGCAUCUCAACUCAACUCUGGACAAAUAUAACCUCAUCCAAGCGCAACUGGAGGAAACUAAUACAAAACAACAUUCAAUCUUGUCCUCCAACAGACUGUCCUUCCUCUGGAAUUUCUGCAACAAAGACACUCUGCAGUGCUUAAGUUGCAUGCCUGGCUGGGUUGAGCAUGCGUCACGCUGUUUUCUCCUGUCCGAUAUAAAAAAAAACUGGGAAGAUGCUCGCAGGGACUGUCUAGAUAAGUCGGGUGAUUUGGCUGUUGUUCUGGAUGCUGAAGACCAGGCAUUAUUGACCAACAUGACCUUCCAGUACAAAAAUAUGCAUCCUGAAGAAAAUUUCCAUUCAGCGUGGAUCGGCCUGCAGGACAUGGGGAAAGAGAACACCUUCCUUUGGGUCAAUGGAAAUGGUGUCAUGGCGGAUGUAAAUUACUGGAAUGAAAAUGAACCUAACAACGCCAUCCCCUUCUGGGACAGUGAUAGGGCAGGACAGGACUGUGUUGCCAUUGUACCACCAAAAAAUAUUGAAAAGGAAGGUUGGUUAAACUCCUGGGAUGAUAUCAUCUGUGGUGGACGACGGCACUACAUAUGUGAGACCACGGCUCUCAUCUUACCCAGACCUUGA